AUGUUGAUUGGUGACGAUGCAAUACUCAGCGGAGUAGAUGUAAACAGACAGAACAGAAACUGGUUAACACCAAAGGAUAUACUCGACGUGGUUAUUGAAACCGAAGGAGGAAGUGUUUCUGAAAUGUACAAGGUUGUUCAAAUCUUUCAGACAGCUUCAGCAAAUAACGCACGUACGGGACGUCAACGGCUUAAACGUAGUCAUCAUACUAGAAACCCUAUUCGUAUGAUAAAGAAUCAUAUAAACGACGAGAUUAAUAACUCCACACUCGAACAACGAGAAACGCUAAUGAUCGUUGCAACACUCAUAGCCACACUUACAUUCACCGGAGGUCUUCAGCCUCCAGGAGCUUUCAAGAGUGAAGACGCUAACGGUGGUUCAAACGCGACAAACACAACAAGGGCAACAACAUCACUAGGCCGAACUUUAGAUAACAUUUUCGGACAAAGGAACAGCACUGCAGGACAAGCGAUCAUGGCGGACAGACGAGUUCACUUCACUCUCUACUCUGCUUUUAACGCGAUUGGGUUCUUGGUUUCGGUGGCUAUGAUCUCUCAGCUCACUAAAGGGUUCCCUCUGAGAAACUGGAUGAGGCUUUGCAUUAUCUCAGCUGUGUCUACGUAUAGUCUUGCUAUCGUCUACUUAGCACCAGAUGAGGAUGUGUUUUGGGUCGUGGUUCUUGCGGCAGCGUUGCUCUUGGUUCUUCGUGAGCUUUAUUUCUUCAUCAAAUCGUUGUGCAAUGGCAUUAAGAAGGCAACAAGUGAAACUUAA